AUGUCAAUCGACCCGUAUCACGCAGUCCAACGCGAAAUUUCCAACUCAUUGCAGGCAGCAACACAGCUCCGCGCGUCCUAUGUCCGAAUACGAAACAUGGCCGUGCGGGAGGACAAUGAGGAGCUGAUUUGGGCGAGAAACGAGGUACUUGCACAGCUCAAGGCCACGUUGGCUGCGCUCGAAGCUGACUUGGAGGACCUUGAAGAAAGCGUCAAAAUCGUGGAAUCCACGGAUGCUCGUAUGUUCGGGCUGGAUGAUCUGGAAGUCCAGGACCGACGGCGCUACGUCGUGCAAGUCCGAAAAGAGAUUGAUAACAUGAGAGCGCAAGUCAACUCAGCGAGUCCGUUGCCGCAAUCGCAGCCUUCGUCAAGACCACAUUCUCCGUAUCCUGAGCGGGGCGAAGACCACCAGGAGGCAUGGUCGCGGCAGGAGCAGCAGAUGAUGAUGCAAGAGCAAGACCGAGCCAUGGACUCUAUAUCUGGGACAUUAACAACGCUGGCGCAACAGGCUGGGUUCAUGGGCCAGGAGAUUCUCGAACACAACGAAAUGCUAGACGAUCUCGAACGUGGCGUGGACCGGACCGACUCAAAACUUGACGAUGCGAUGAACCGCAUGAAGCGGUUCAUGAGGCAGUCCGAGGAAAAGGGCAGUGGAUACUGUAUCAUCUUCCUGAUCAUAAUUCUUGCAGUGCUCUUGCUGCUUGUCAUCAUUCUCUAG